AUGAAGUUAUGGAUUGUAAAAAGACUUCUGUUAUUUUUAACAACCAUUUUGUGGAUUUUUGAAAGUGGAAUUUUCUUAUACUGGUAUAGGCUACGGCUUGUGGUCCCAGGUGGAAUUCGUUUUUGAAAGUACUCUUAGUAUCCCGUUGACUGACAAUGUUCCAACACAAAAAGUGUUUCACUAUAGAAUCUCUAGUCGGCAAAGACUCAAAUUCAUCGACUGUUGGUGAUGAGCCGAUCCGACCAACGGCGUUGAGAUAUACGGAAUCACUCCACCCAGCUUCAUUUGGUAGUUGCUUUCAGAACUCUGGUCGGACAUUGUACAGUAGUCCAGACAUGAUGUUUCCAGAUCCGAGCUCGCACUCCGCUAACUCUGCGCUGUCCCUGCGUCACCUUCAAAUUCCCACUCAGCCCUUCUUCGGUCCUCAGAGAGAAAGUUUGAACUUCUAUCCUUGGGUACUGCGAAACCGAUAUCUUGGACACCGAUUUCAAGGCGAGGACAGCAGCCCAGAAAACCUGCUGCUGCAUGGGCCAUUCUCCCGCAAGCCCAAGCGCAUUCGCACGGCCUUCUCACCGUCACAGCUGUUGCGGUUGGAGCGGGCCUUCGAGAAGAACCACUAUGUAGUAGGCGCAGAACGCAAGCAGCUAGCUAACGGCCUGUGCCUGACUGAGACCCAGGUGAAGGUGUGGUUUCAGAACCGGAGGACCAAGCACAAGAGGCAGAAGCUAGAGGAGGAGUCACCUGAAUCACAGCAGAAGAGGAAAGGCAGCCAGCAUGUGAACCGCUGGAGAGCUGCCACCCAGCAGGGCAGCCCGGAGGACAUAGACGUCAUCUCCGAGGACUGACAUCACAUGCCCACGGUGGGAUGCGUAAUACCUCUCUGCAGCCGUCCAGCUCAUCACAGUGUGUGGAACUCUGCCAAAA